ACACCAGCCUUUUUCAGGGCUCCAUGAACACAUACACACAUAUUCACACACUUGUACACAACUGGGGCAUGGUAUCUUUGCCAAUCCUCCAACUGGCUUGUUGUUGGGAGGAAACCAGUGAACCCAGAGGAAACCCACAGACAUGGGGAGAACAUAGAAACAAAACUAGGUUCGAACCAGGGACCUUGCAGCUGUGAAGCCACUGUGUGACCCACAAAAUCUUUUCUUUUAACCCACUGCCAAGGAGUUGGUUUUAGUGAUGUUUACAAACUGAAACUGAGAAAAAAAGCAUUCCCUUGUGAUUUUUUUGUCUGGAGAGAGGUCUUGCCUUCCUAUUUUGCAGUUUGUUCAGUGAAGUAAGACGAGAGGAAGUCAAACACCUAGCAGAGCUAAUCCAGUCUUGGCAAAGAGAGAUGGACAGAAGAGCUCGGAUCAACACAAUUGGAGGGAGAUCAGACACAUCCAGUGUAAGAGCGUUGGGGGAAGUGCAGUCAGAUAGGGGGUGUGUCAGGCAGUGUGUGUUUCUGAGAGAGAAGCUGAAGCAGGGAUGGGGUGUGUAUGAGUGUGUGUGGAGAGCAGAGCAGGAGUGAAUGCACUAAAACUCACACACAUGCGCAGGAACCGACAGAGAGACGGAGACAGCUUUUCAGCAGCGGCUAAGGGAUUACUCCUAUUUUCGUCUCCAUCCUUCCUGGGGUUUAGUGCCGGAGGAGCAUCUGAGACCUGAGAUGGAGUUCAACAGGACACAGUGUGGGCUGUGAUUUCUACAAGAGGGUUGCAAGCAUGAUCCCUCCCAGGGCAGGAGUCACAGUCCUUCUCAGUCUUACUUUGAUCAGCAGCCUACAUGCUGCAUACCUGACUAAAGAUGGAGGAGACAAAGCACCAACACAGACAGGCCCUGUUAAAGAGCAUAAAGAAGUCCACACUGCUGGUAGCUUACUGUGGAGCAGCCAGACAUCAAGAGACAAUAUGGACACCACUACUCCACCAGUGGCCACUGGUCUUCCAUUUCUAACCAACUUACUUGCAACAUCUUCCAAUUCAGCCUCACAGGUCCAUGGCAAGGUGUUCAAUGUUCUAGGAUAUACAACAUCUCCUGACCGAAGGAGACCUGAAAUGAGGCUUGGUGAUGCCUGGGAAUUCAGGGAGCCCAAAGCUAACGCUCAAAGAUCAGAUAUCACAAGACUAAAACCGAAGCAAACAGAUCUACUGACAACUCUACAGGAUGAUAGAAGAAUGGUUGAGGAGCUCACCAGGAGGCCACCUCACCUUGGUACCGGUUCCUCAAGAGAUAGUUUGAAAUUAGACUCUACAUCCAGUCAGACAAAUCCUGGUUUGGAGAAAGUGCAUGAAGGUUCGUCUAAGAAAAACCAUUCGUUAAAAGAUGAGGCAUCCAGACCGACUCCAGGACUGACAGCACACGCUCUUAUUCCAGGCUUGCUUUCACCAGAUGAUUGGAAUGAUGACUUCACUGAAUCCUCAUCCCAGCCUGACUGCAAUAUUGACACCAUGGGGGUCUGCAACUCCUCCAACCCUCUCUGGAGCCUUGGUCUCCCUGACAACCUUUCCAGGGCCCUGAAUCCUGCUUCCCCAAUGCCCCCUCCUGAGAAUAUAACCCCACCUCCUUCUAUAAUAAUGACCCCACCUCUCUUGGUGCCAUUAUUUUCAGACUGGAAUGCUGCAAUGGCAACGUGGGGCCUGGCAUGGGAGCUGCAGGUAUACGGGCUGGGUUGUGUGUUCUCUCUGGUGGCUGUAUUGUCUGCACUAAGUUUAUUGUGCCUCCCUCUGUGCCAGCCAUCCGGCUGUGCCAAUUUCACCCUCCUGCAUCUCCUGCAGCUGCUUAUUGGUUCCAGUCGGGCUUUCUGGCUCAUCUAUGACCCCUAUGGGCAAAAAGAACGCCUCCCUGUGGCCUGGGCACGGCUCCUACAUGAGGCUGGCUACCCAUGUUUAACCGGAGCCUUUGGCAUGCUGCUUGUGCUGCUUUCUCCUCAGCUACUCUCUCAGAAUGCACUGCGGCGGUGUAUUUGCUUGCUAGCUGUGCUUAUGUUGCUUCACAUGGCCACAGUUCUGGGCACAGUUGGAAUACUAUGGAUUUUUCCUUCCUUCCCUGUCGUUUCUCUGCUGCCCCCUGCAGCCUUCCUGAUUCUCUCUUGUCUCCUCUCCACUUCAUACGUGCUGCUCUACUGCUGUGCUCGUGUUGAGGCCAAGCACAUCUACAGGCUAAGGGAGAAUUCCCCAGAUCGUUUGGCAUGCCAGGCCAGCCAGUGCCCCCUCAGUGAAGCAGGAGUGUGGGAGCGGGCAGCUGGAAUGGGACUGUUCGCAGCACUUUUCCUUCUGGCAUGUGCAGGACUCAGGCUCUAUGCCAUCCUGCAUGCACUGGGACUGACUGGUGGCAGGAUGGGGCUAAUGCCCUGGUCAUGGUGGGUCUUUCAGCUGAGCUGCAGAGUAUGUGAGGCAUGUGUCUGUCUCACUCUUGCUCUCAUCCUCACACACCCGCUCCUCUGCUGUGGAGUAUCUCGCCCGAAACUAAGUCGCUGGAACUCAUGGUUCACCAGGUCAUCCACUAGGAAUACAGUGAUCGCCAAACCCCAAAUCUUAUCAAGUGGCUGGACCAAGAAGACUGGAGAGACACUACAUGAAAGCAUGUCACGCCAUGAGAGUGAGAGUGUGCCACUUUAUACCUUAGCAGAGCUGCCCCUUGGUGAAACAGAAGGCCUGGAGCUUAACUAUCCCAAUAGCCCUCAACUUGCCCCUGCACAACCACCAAAAAAUGGACUUUUGGUUUCUCAGUCUUCCUUCGCCAGCCUGGACUGUGAUUCCACAGUAGAUCUGAGGCCUCCAUCUCCUAUUGACUUGCGGCGAAGCAUUGACGAGGCUUUAAACAGUGAGGCUCUGUUCCAUCGCAGCCUGUUCAGCUCCUCCAGGCUGUCCCUCAGCACCCGGGGGCCUCCUGAUGGCCAGCCAUGCAGAGGAAUAACUGCAGAACCUUCCCUCUACCGUACUGCAUCAUGCGGAGAUAUGGAUUUGCCUUCUGCACCAUCACCACCUGUACUACGGAGCAGCACAGCAUGGAAGGCCUCCAACUUCAGCUCUUUACGUGGGGGAACCAAAAGUCAAGGAGGUCAGGCAUCUUUUUAUACAGGCUUUGGCCCUGGGCGCUACUCUCAGAAGCAAUACAGGGCUCUGGGCUCCAUUUCUUCCAGAGAGCGUUUGUAUGAUCAGCAACACAUUCGCACACAAGCUGAUGAACUGGCUGUGCAAGCUGAAUUCAUCAACGUCUGCAAACAGAUAGACGCACUGAGUGUCUGCAGUGACACCAUCGAACUGUAGGGUUAUCAGGACUGAGUGAAGGGGCUCCGAAGGUGGAGAUCGUCUGUAGACCAAGUGCAUGAAACCUAACCUUUCAAAAGGGAUUCUGUUGGGAGACGGAGCACUUAUUUACAGCAGUUUGCAAAAGCUAAAAAGUGCAGACGGUUUUAGAAAAUGUCACUGCAGUGGUUUUGCUGUAUAAUGUUAAGAAAAAGGGGGUAUUUUAAAACAUAAAACCUGAGUUAGUACUGACUGGGCAUUUAAGUUUUAUGGCACUAUAAAAUAUACCAAGGGAAAGGGAAUUAGGAGAGUUUCGUUUCCAUAUUCACAGAAUCAGUGCUUCUGUGCCUUUUUCACUUAACGUUAUUCUGGAAGCGACAUUGUCAAGCAAUUUAUUAGUCAGUGCAGAGAAAGCUUUGAGUUGAUUUUGAUGGAGUUUCGCUCCAGCAAUGUACCUUCCUAUUGAGCACAUGGAAAUAUUUUCAAGUUAAAAGGCGUUAUCACGGUUUGGGCAAUUAGUUUGUUUUGGUAGUAUAAUUGAUAUGCAACUUUCCUAAUGAAGUACUAUUAACAAAGAAUAAAAUUUAUAUAUACAGUACAGUAUGUUGGCAAAAUUUAACUAUCAAGACAAAACGUAAUAAAAAAAUAAAAGGAAGGGCUUUUUCUCCAGCAGCAAUAUGUCUACAUUUAGCACUUUAUUCAUAACAGGAUAAGGCAUCACUGAGAAUGGCGUGUGCUUAGGUGUGGCUUUACUUGUACAAAAAGAGGAUUUCAAGUGAAGUUUGUAAUACCAAUAUAGCAUACAGUGCAUGUAUGGGGGGAAAUGUAUGGGGGGGAAAUAAUUAUCUUCUUCACUUUAACCUAUUCGUUUUUGUACUGGAUUGAGUAGCACAACUUCACUUAUAUGUCUGUGUUUUUAUAGGUAACUAUGAAAGUCUAUGAAAAUGAUAAGCUUUAGCACCAUGCCUCUCUACUUCAUAUUGAAUUAACGGAUGAAUGAAUAAAUAAACAAAUCAAUAAAGUGAGGAAGUGAAAAGAUGGACGGAUGUGUAAAUCACUAUAACAUAUUUAAAAUGUGAACCUGUUGAUCCCAUGAUCCAUUGCAGGACAUCAAGCCAUCGUGAUCCAUCCCAUCAUGUGAGGCUAUUACAACGAU